AUGAACUCAACGGUGAACGGAUCCAGCGGAUCUUGGAGCUGCUUAAAUUUUUCUGCCUUGAAAAUCGGGGGAACCGUUACCUACUGUCUGAUCAUCAUCGUUUCACUGGUCGCAAAUUCUCUCAUUGUUAUCCUCGUUUGUAAAACGCCGAACUUAAAAAAAACGAUAAAUUAUUUCAUCGCAAACAUGGCCUUGUCUGAUCUCCUGUAUCCAAUAUUUUUGAUACCUUGGGACCUGUCCGACUUGCACACCAACUCGUUUCUUAUCGGUGGUCCGCUUGGUCAGGCCUUGUGUAAGCUUCUCCCUUUCUUUUCUACCUUUUUCUUACCGUUUCGAGUCAGAAUCUGAUUCUGAUAGCAGUGGAUCGAUUUGGAGCCGUGGUGUUUCCACUCCGUUCACCUCUCAUCAGAUCCAAGGUGCGUCCCUUCUUCAUUCUUGCCACGUGGAUAGUUGCCGUAGCUGUCAGUUCGCCACGCUUGUUCGCCAACGAGCUCGUUGAAUCCCCAGAGGGAACCUGGUGUGUUACGAGAAGGAAGAAAGCAUUCGGAGAGUCCUUGUCCUAUGCCAGUUUCGUACUAGCUUACUCCAGUCUGUUUAUAUACAUACCUGUGCUGUUGUUAGUCACUCUUUACUCCAUCAUUGUUAUCAAGCUCAAGACACAGGCACACCCAGGUGAACAGUCUGCCAACAGUCAGCAACAGCGGGACAGAAGAAACAGAAACGUGCUUCAAACGUCCAUUGCUAUCGUAACAGUGUUUGUGUUUUGCUGGUUUCCUUACUCUAUCAACUUUUUAAUCAUACUGUAUCAGGACACUCUCACGCAUUUAUCGUGUAGUUUCUGGAUAUCCUAUGAAGUUUCCAUUUAUAUGGCUAACGCGUACUGUGCGAUCAACCCAGUUAUCUGUUUCAUGUUUAGCAGUAAUUACCGAAAAGCUCUUAAAAGACUCAUAAAAUGUGCUUUUGUACAGGCGUAG